UCGGAAGCCGAUCCUGGCCCUCCCCGGCCCCGGGCGCCCGGCCCCUUCCCAGCGCCCGGAGCGCAGGCGGGCCCCGGGCCCUAGCCGCGUUGACCAGGUUUCCAGCCGGGGCGGAGCCGCUCCCCGGGACCCCUCCCAGGCGCGCUGGGGACCCGGGGCGCCGCGGUGCACGGUGGCGGGCGGCCCCGGGAGAUCUCCGCCCCCGAAGCCGUCCCUGCCGGCGCCCCGGGUCCAGAACCCCAGCGCGGCGCGGCGUUUCAGCCGCGGCGGGGCGCUCGCCAUUGACCCCUCAGCCCUUGGCCGGGACUGACGUUCAAGCGAACAGCUGGGCUCUGCCGGGACUGACGUUCAAGCGGCAGUCGAGCACUUCCUGAGCCCUGCCUGGCACCCGCCGAGAGACUUUUUGGCCUGUGGAAAUCGAAUCAAGGGUUUCUGGAGUGGAGUGAUUCCAGCUGCUUUGAGCUGAAGGAAAAGUAGCCUGGCCACUAAAGCGUCCCUGUGCUGGAGGAGUGCAGCCACCCAUCCCGGCGGGCCUUGCAGGAGGACCGACACCAGGAAGGCUUUGUGCCAGGCCCAGCAGCCUCCCCCAGCCGCCUUAUGCAAGUGGGUACAUGCCCUCGCCAGACGCCAGCUUUCUGAUCUGCGUCUUUAGAUUUUUUCCAUCGCCUAAGCGUUACUUCUCCACUGAUCGGUGAGUUUAGUGAUGGCCAGAGCUCACUGGAGGACAAUGGACUUGGAUAACCAAAGGUCAGGGCUUGGUCAUAACAAUGACUUUAUUACCGGGAAGGACGAGUCAAAAAAUAGGAAGGCCUGGGAACCUUCAGGCUCGCCACUAUAGGUUUUAGAGACCUGAAACAUCACAGAAGCUUCUGAGUGGUUCUGAAGAUUCAAGAGGUUUGCAGGUUGCUAUGUUAAUGUUGUUUGUCUUUGGAGUCUUACUUCAUGAAGUCUCACUGAGUGGUCAGAAUGAAGCUCCUCCUAAUACUCACAGCAUUCCAGGCGAACCUCUGUAUAACUAUGCCAGCAUCCGGUUGCCAGAGGAGCACAUUCCCUUCUUUUUGCACAACAAUAGGCAUAUUGCCACUGUCUGUAAGAAAGACUGUCUUUGUCCGUAUAAGAAACACCUAGAAAAGCUAAAGUACUGCUGGGGUUAUGAGAAAUCCUGCAAACCAGAGUUCAGGUUUGGUUACCCAGUUUGCAGCUAUGUCGACAUGGGAUGGACGGACACUCUUGAGUCAGCUGAGGACAUAUUUUGGAAACAAGCUGACUUUGGAUAUGCCAGAGAGAGGCUGGAGGAGAUGCAUGUGCUCUGUCAGCCUAAGGAAACGAGUGACUCAAGUCUGGUGUGUACCCGUUAUCUUCAAUACUGCAGAGCAACCAAUCUCUACCUUGAUUUAAGAAACAUCAAGAGAAGUCAUGACAGAUUUAAGGAGGACUUUUUCCAGAGUGGUGAAAUUGGAGGGCACUGUAAACUUGACAUCCAUACAUUGAUGUCUGAAGGUCAGCGCAAAAGCCCUCUGCAGUCAUGGUUUGCUGAGCUACAAAGCUAUACUCAGCUCAACUUCAGACCUAUAGAAGAUGCUAAAUGUGACAUUGUCAUUGAAAAACCAACGUAUUUCAUGAAAUUAGAUGCAGGUGUUAACAUGUAUCACCACUUCUGUGAUUUCAUCAAUCUUUAUAUUACUCAGCACGUUAAUAACUCAUUCAGUACUGACGUGUACAUCGUGAUGUGGGACACCAGUUCUUAUGGAUAUGGUGAUCUAUUCUCCGACACAUGGAAUGCAUUUACUGAUUAUGACAUUAUACAUUUGAAAACUUAUGAUUCCAAAAGGGUAUGUUUUAAAGAAGCUGUUUUUUCAUUACUCCCCCGCAUGAGGUAUGGGCUGUUCUAUAAUACUCCUCUGAUAUCUGGCUGUCAAAAUACUGGACUAUUCAGGGCAUUUUCCCAGCAUGUACUACACAGACUAAACAUCACACAAGAAGGACCUAAGGAUGGAAAAAUUCGAGUCACUAUUCUUGCACGGAGCACAGAAUACCGGAAAAUCCUAAACCAAAAUGAGCUUGUAAAUGCACUGAAAACAGUAUCUACAUUUGAAGUCCAGAUUGUUGAUUACAAGUAUAGAGAACUUGGGUUUUUAGAUCAACUAAGGAUCACACACAACACGGACAUAUUUAUUGGAAUGCAUGGAGCUGGUCUGACCCAUUUACUUUUCCUUCCAGACUGGGCUGCUGUAUUUGAACUGUACAACUGUGAAGAUGAACGGUGUUACUUAGACUUGGCCAGGCUGAGAGGCGUUCACUACAUCACUUGGCGACGGCAGAACAAAGUCUUUCCUCAGGAUAAGGGCCACCAUCCAACCCUUGGGGAGCACCCGAAGUUCACCAACUACUCUUUCGACGUAGAAGAAUUUAUGUAUCUUGUCCUUCAGGCUGCAGACCACGUAUUGCAACACCCAAAGUGGCCAUUUAAGAAGAAACAUGAUGAGCUAUAAAUAUGUUGAGUCUGUUUGCAAAAAGAGAGUGUUUAAACACUCCAACACCCAGACUUAGAAUUAAAUCAGUAAAGCAACCUGUUAUUUCCUAUCCCUGAAUUACCUUUUCUAUGCCAAAACAUACCUUCAGGAUAUUGUUAUGUGUUUUAUAGACGUUCAGUGUUUCAUGUGGUUUUUGUGUCAUUGCUGUUUAUCAAUAGCAAUAAUUUUGCACUGAAAACUUUUUAUAGUUCAAAAAUUGAGCAUGGACUCCCCGGUAUACUUUAACUUUCUUUCUUUCUUUUUUUUUUGGAGACAGAGUCUCACUGUCACCCAGGCUGGAGUGCAGUGGCAUGAUCUCAGUUUAUGCAACUUUUGCCUCCCAGGUUCAAGUGAUUCUUUUCCCUCAGCCACCUGAGUAGCUGGGAUUACAGCCUGCACCACGAUGCCUGGCUAAUUUUUGUUGUUGUUGUUGAGACACAGUUUCACUCUGUCACCCAGGCUGGAGUGCAGUGGCAUGAUCUCGGCUCACUGCAACCUCUGCCUUCUGGGUUCAAGUGAUUCUUGUGCCUCAGCCUCCCAAGUAGCUGGGAUUACAGGCGUGCACCACCACGCCCAGUUAAUUUUUGUAUUUUUGAUAGAGACGGGGUUUCACCAUGUUGGCCAGGCUGGUCUCGAACUCUGGGUUCAAGCAUUCCUCCCACCUUGGCCUCCCAAAGUGCUGGGAUUACAGGUGUGAGCCACCACGCAUGGCCCUGAACUUUCUCUUUUUAGGGAUACCAAAGUUUUCAACUUUUUCAGCUUUAGAAUUUGUAAAUAUUUUUGUAGAAUAUCAUAUGACUGUAAUUCCAGAGUGUUCCAACUUGUUUAUGAUAUAUUUGGGUAAAUUUACAACUGUUCUUUUAUUUGCCAUAAUCUGGUUAUAACACUGUGGUAGGAAAGGAAAACAUGCAAAACACACACACACACACACACACACACACACACACACACACACACACACACACACACACACACACACACACACACACACACACACACACACACACACACACACACACACACACACACACACACACACACACACACACACACACACUUGUGAUUCUCAGUACCAAGCUAUAGGACCAUGUUAUAUAUCAGAGUUUAGUCACCUCCAGGUUAUAUGCAUCAAGAACCUGAAUAAAUCAUGCCACUAUAUUAAUUUAUAUUUACAUGUUUUAUAAUUAAAUCACGUUUUCCUAAAAUGUAGCAACUACAUGUGGUAAAAGCAAAUUAGAACAUUCUGUAGGACUGUUUUGCAUACCUUCUAUCUGGUUUCCACUGAUUCUUUCUUAGCCAUGGAGAGCAUUUGUGAUUAAUUAAUUUAUAUAUAAAAUAAUGGUUUCCAUUUUAUGCGAGUAUCUGUAACUGCAUAUACCAGUGCGUGUGCAUCUACCUCUGUCAGCAUGAAAGUAUUCCAGUCUUUAAUUUCAAAAACUUCAAAUUAGCCUCAUGAAAAGAAUUUUUCCCUGUAAAAAGUAAGACCAAGAAAAAACAAAGACGUGUGACUUAUUCAAUGAAAGUGAAAAAGAAGCUAUAAGAAAGUGUCAUUGAUUAAAAAGAAUAUCUGGAAUGUAGCCCCAUUCUGAAUGGGAUUCAUUUCUUACUGCUUAUGAACCUUCGAUUUAGUAGUCAGAAACCAUGGAUUUAUUUUACUGCACAAUGUGAAGUUUACAUUUUAUUAACACUUGAAUAGUUAAUUUAGAGACUAGUUACUUCUAUUUUUUAAAAUAAUGGAGUAGCAAAUUACAGAAUAGCUAAAUAAUUUUUUAAAAACAUUUUACAGUUGUAAAAAAUAUCCAUCAGAAAAAUGACACACGAAACAAAAUAUCUGGACCUUUACAGAAGAUGUUUGCUGACCCUCACUUUAAAGGAUUUGAACAGUCUUCUAGAAUUGAGGAAUAUUUAUUAAAAUACCUGUAAAGAAAAUAGUGAAUCACUGUGGCAAUGGCUUUGAUUCAGACCUUAAAAUCACAUAAGAAGAAUUACAACAUGUUACGGAUUUUUAAGUGACAGAUAUUGCAACUGUUUUUUUUGUGCAAAAUACUGAGUAACCACUGGGAAAAUAUUUCAGAUGAAAGGGAUGACAAAAGUAUGUUGCACUUUGCAUCAGCAAGGCAUUGACUUCUGAAAAAAUGAUCUGAAAAAAAAGUUUCACCGUUUGUCUUCUUACCUCAUUUUAAGAAGCAUGUGAAAAUGGGAUGCUAUAGACUAGUGAGAAUUUCAGAAAUUGAGAACAAUUUCAUAAUACAACUGCUAUAUUUGAAGAGAGAGUACAUUUUAUAUAAACAGGAAAAUACAUUUGACACUUUAUGGAAUUAACUUUUAUGAGACUUUUGUGGGAACAGAAGGUCUUCAAACUGUAAAAUGUAAAGAUUGCUCUUUUUAUUAAGUCUUUAACAGGGAUGUAUUUCAUUGUAUGUUUUGGGUAUGGCUUUGGAAUAAAUCAUUUUAUAUUUUA